AUGGAUUCAGAUAUUGAUAUUGAAGAACAUAAUUUGUUUGAAAAUCCUGAGUUACGUGUUCUUUUCCCGGAUAUAACUGCGCUUAAACAGGAGAUUUAUGAUGAAGAUGUUGAAGUUACUAAUAUACCAAAUGACAGAACAACCCUGAAACGUGAAUAUCAAUUAGAACUAGCUCACUCUCAGCAUUUUGAUGAAAAUCAACAAAGGGCUGGAAAGAAAAAACGUGCAUUACAAGAAAAAACAUGCAUUUUAAAAAACAAAAUAGUCAUUGGCUCAGAACCAAAGUCAUCCAAAACUACAUAUAGUUCUAUGAAACAUAAUAUAACAAAGCAGGUAAAAAUUAUUUUAUCAGAUUUACAACCAGUAUUAAACUCCAAUAAAUUUUGCAAAGUAUGCUCAAUUCUUUUUCCAAACAAUGUUUCUUUAACCGAGCAUAGAAGGAUUAUCCAUGAUGAACAAUAUAUCUGUAAUAAAUGUGGUAAUAACUUUUAUCAAAAGGGUAAUUUAACUAGACAUCUAAGGAAUGUACAUAAAAUAAAUGUUAUUCAGAAAAGAAAAACCUCUAAGUUGGCUAAAAAUGCCCAGUUGCAUAUUACGCAACACUCUAUUAAAGACAAAAAUCUUGUUCCAAAUAUAACAUGCUUUCAUUGUCCUAAAAAAUUUGAAUCCAAGCAACUACUUAUUGAGCAUUUGUAUGCGGUACUUGAGCCUAAACUUAAUAAACAAGCUAAUUCACAGCUUAAUGCUAAAUCAAUAGAGUCUAAUUGUAUAGUAAAUAAGAAAAAUAAGUCUGGUACUUGGAACAUUCAAAACAAUGUGGAUAAAGAUUCAAGUGCUGAAAGACAAAGUCUAGAGAGAAAUGUCAAUAAUAAUGAAACACAGUUGUUUUUUAAAUGUCCCAAGUGUUAUCACUAUUUCAAAAACAAAGACUUCUUUGUCAAGCACAUGGAAAUUAAACAUUGUAUUCAGGAUUUUCCAACUAAAAAGGUACCAUUUAAUACAAAAUGUGAGUUGUGUACACAGCAUUGCAGCAAUGCCAGGUUUUAUAAUCGUCACAUACAUAAUCAUCAACUAAUAUCAUUAAGAAAAAAACAAAAAUUAAACUUAAAAAGGAAAAGAGUAUACACAAAGAAAGGUACUAAAAAGGAAACAUUGAAUAUAUUUGUAAUAAAAGAUGUUGUAUUUAAUUGCAGUAAAUGUGACAUAUGCUUCAUAUCCCCAAGUUUGGCACUGAAUCACACAAAACAUAGUGAAUAUAGAUAUCAUUGGAAGUGCACAGAAUGUCAGUUUACUUUUAAGAGAAAUGAAGGCAAAUAUCAUCUAAGUCAACACACAUAUUCAAAAUCUUUUACAACUAUUGAGAUAAACGAAAAAACAUUCUCUAAAAUCUUAUAUUCUUGUUCAAAUUGCAACAUACAUUAUGAAGAACAACAAUUUAUGCAGCACUAUACAAAAUGUAAUUCUUACACUCCACCAUCAGAGUAUUGUGACAUUUGUGAUAUUUUCAUAGAUCAAAGAUUAAAAAUUGUCCAUAGAGAUAUUCAUAAUGCAUGUUUAAUGAAUAAUACAGAUUUUUGCAUUAUAAAACUAAUAGUAAAAUCUAUUAGUAAGCCAGAAUUAGUAAAAAUAGAUUCGCUUAAAAAUAAUUUACAUAUCAGUAAUUUAAUGUUAUAUUAUUGUAACACUUGCAAAUGCUUUGUUACAAAUAUACAUAAAAUUCAUCUCCAAUCAUUAUGUGCAAAUUCAACAAAAUAUGCUUGUAGAUAUUGUGGCUUAACUUUCACAAAUAAGGGAAUUAUGGCUCAUAGAAGUAUACAUUAUAAAAAUCCAUCCAUAAUGUUACAAGACUUUCUAUUUUAUGAUUUGAAAACUGGUAAAAAAAUUACCCCACCUAUGCCUGAUUUUCCAAAAUGUGAAGGAUGCUUUAAACAUUUUAUUAACAAAUUUACCUUAAAAAGUCACGUAUGUGGAGAAGAGGAAGAUUUUAUAUGUUCAAUAUGCAACAUGAAGUUUUCAGAAAUUGUGCACAAAUUACAUUUACCAUUUCACGAAUAUGAACUAAAUGAAAAUAAUAUUGAAAAACUAACUAACAAGGAAACCUAUUCUUUAAAUAAUAUUCAAAAGGAUAAUGUCGACAGUCCAGUAGAAUUUAAAGACAAUGCUAAAAACAUAGUUGAGAAUGAUUUAUAUUUCUGUAAAUUAUGUUUUAGGCAAAUUUUUUCGUAUGAUAAGGUUAUAGAACAUUGUCAAUUUCAUAUAUUAAAUAAUAGGGAUCCAAAAACAAACAUAGAACAUCGGGAACAGGAUGUUAAUUCAAAAGAUUCUAUAGAUGGCAGGAAGGUGUACUAUUUUGAACCAUAUUAUUAUGGUGCUAAGGAUGAUAUUUGGUUGAAGCAUCUAUUUAAUGGAUUAUCACUGGAAGAAAUUACCAAAAAACUGUCCCAUUCUAUUUAUAGAUUUGAGAGUAGAAUAAAACUAGAAAUAUCUCAAGAGGGUAAUCCCGAAUAUACAGAAUAUAAAUGUCUGAAAUGUCAAUGUUUCAUAGAAAGUUCCACACUUUUUAGUCAUGUGGAAGGAUGUGGUGGUCACAAUCUUAAAAGCUAUUCAUGUGGUGUAUGCAAAAACAUUUUUGUAACUCAAAUUGCCUUAUCUCAACAUUUACAAAUGCACAAAAAUUCAUUUAACAUGAAAAAUAUGAGAAUAGUUUCUUUUAAUCAGGACAAUGAUAAACAAAUUAAUGAAUUAAUUAAAUUAAAUUCUUCUAGACCAUAUUAUGUAGUCUAUAGAUGCAGAAAUUGUGAAGGUCUUGUUAACAAGGCUGAAUUUUUAACACAUGUUUGUAAUGUAAAAGAUCUUCAAAAGUGCAAUAAUUGUGGAUUGCUAAUAUAUAGCAGUGAUUAUGAAUAUCACCUUUUAAAACAUAAGAAUUUAAAUAGUUUUACUGGGAACAAUAUGAAAGUAGUACUUCUAGGUGAUUUAAUUCCAGGAUUUAAUAAAAGCUCACUUGUAUCUACAUUUAUGGGUAUUGUUUGUGAUUACUCUUUUUAUAAGUGUAGUAAAUGUUUCAUAUGUAUUCGUUAUGCAAGAUGUAUUUCCCCACAUUUCUGUUUAGUUGAUGCCGCUAAAGCUAGCUGUAAUCUUUGUGAUCUUUACUUUGAGCAAGGGAAAUUGAAAGGGCACAUGAAACUACAUACAGAAGAUCCAGAAUUUAUAAAAGAUAAUAUAAAUACUUUUGUUUUCAAUCCAAAAGAGAGUAUAGAAUCUUCAAAAGCCGAACAACCUUCAACAUCUUCAAAGACUAAUGUGGUUAAAAUUAUGGAACAAGAUAUAGUAAAUACCGAUGGCCAAAUUGUCCUAUACAGAUGUGCUAAAUGUAAUUUACAUUAUAUGAGCAAAAGUCAAGCAAAAGAACAUGUAAAAAAAAGUCCUGGAAGGGUAAUAAAACAAUAUUGUACAAAAUGUGGAAUCCCUUUCUCUCCAAAUGUCUUGUUUGAUCACCUCAAAACCCACCACAAAAAAGAUAUUAAAACCGCAUAUGUUGUCGACGUUUUUGGUUCUUAUAAAAAGCGAAAGAUAUUUAAAUGUGGUAAUUGCAAUUUACACUUUACAAAUGCGAAGAAAACAUCUGAACAUUAUUUAAAGUGCUUAGGAGAUUCUAGUAAGGGUGAAAAAUGCAAAUGUUGCAGCUUAAUGUUUCAUUAUUCUUAUUUAUUAAAUCAUGAAAAUUCCACAGACUAUAAUAUGCACACUGAUUAUGAAGUAGUGGAAGUAGACAAUGAGUUUGUAAAUUGUAAGGCAAAUUAA